CCUUCCUUUCCCAUUCUCCCUCUCCCUCUCCCUCUCCCUCUCCGUUGCCUUUCGGGUUUCAAUUGGCCGAAUUGAACCCGCAACAUGCUUCACCACUUCCCCCUCCUCCUCCUCCCCCUCCUCCUCCGCGUCUCCUCCAUCGCCAGCAGCGACGGCGGCGACGCCUACGAGGUCCUCCGCUCCCAUGGCCUUCCCAUCGGCCUGCUCCCCAAGGGCGUCCAGGACUUCCGCAUCGACGCCGACGGUCGCUUCGAGGUCCGCCUCCCCUCCCCCUGCACCGCGAAGUUCGACGGAGAGGUCCUCUACAACGCCACCGUCUCCGGUACCAUCUCCCCCGGCCAGAUCGCCUCCCUUUCUGGCAUCGCUGCCCAGGACCUCUUCCUUUGGUUCUUAGUCCGCGCCAUCCGCCUCGACGACCAGGCCUCCGGCAUCAUCCACUUCGACGUCGGGGUCGUCGACAAGCGAUUCGCCCUCUCCCUGUUCGAGACCCCGCCGGACUGCGCCCCCGUCUCCGCUGACUACCUUCCCCGAGAGGGCUCGCGCAUAGCUGCCCACGUCGACGAGAGUCAAUCAGCUGAGCUCCGCUACAAGCUCGAUCAUCCCGACUUUGGGGAGACGACCAUCUGAAACAAGCAACGCCAUAUAUCUUCAAUUCUUCAUCAGUAAAAAGGUCACGCCUGCUUGGUUUUAGCUUGCUAAUCUGUGUGCUUGUAGAGCUUCACAGUCUCAAGCUGCAAGGCUGAACCUUUUUAUAAAAUUUCCAUUGAAUCUCGGAGUUACCAUCUGAGAUUCAAUGUAAGAUGGAUCAUAUAGCAUCCAAUGUUGGUAAGAGAGUCUGGGAUGAUACUUUUUCCAACUGAUCAAUCAUGCUAAUGCUUAUAUGAUAUCUAUUAUUGGCAUCGAUCAUAAUGUUUUGAUCAUGCCAGUAGUAUAGUUCAUAUGCAUGCAGUGAAAUCUGGAGUUUCUUUGCUGCAAAAUAUCUUUCUUGCUGUGUUGUGAUUAAUGUCCUACUCAUGUAAUUUUGUAAUAUUUAAGGAUUUGUGGGAACAUAAAGGUUCUCUUGGUUGAGAGAUAAACAGCUCUUCAGUAGUAGUAGUGUUCUUCAUUUUCUUUCAAAUCAGGUUCACCAACCUAACUAUCUUAAUGACUGUCUCAACAAAAAAGAUGCGAGUCCGAUUUCAUUUGACAAGCACUGCAGACUUGUGCAACUCAUCUGUUCAAGAUCUUCUAAUGGGACACUUUAAAACUGGUGAGGUAUGAAACAGGAUUCAACUGAUCCUGUUUUAUCUAAUUGAAUGUGUGAGAAUGUCAGGGAUGGAAUUCAUAGAACAUGUGGCUUUGCUUAAUGGCGUUUUGCAGGAGUUCAAACAUUAUUUGCAUGGAGGAGCCUUUAUCUCUAGUGAACUUCAGUGAGUGUCUCAAUUCAGAUGCUUUAACAAUUGUUCUUGUGCAGUUUUGUUUGGACUGAUUCUGUGGAACAGCAUCUGGAAAUUGAAGAGUUUUAAGUUUUAGUUUGAACCUGUGGACCUCUCAAAGGACAGACAACUCAAAUGUCACUUUACUUUUCGUAAAGGAGGAUUGGGAAACUGGAGUUGACUAGUAGUGAAUAUGAAGAUGCAGUGCCUUUUGGAGCUCCAAAUCUAUGAGAAACCUCACUCCUGAAUCAUGAUGAACACCAGCAUGGAGUGCCCACCUGAAUGCUUCAAGUCAACUUCAAAAAUAAUAGAUUGCUGGGGCAAUCUCAAGUGCCUUUAAUUGUGUAGCUUUUUCUAUGGCAUUUUGCAGAAGUUCAUUAUUGAUACGUGGUAACUUUGAUUUUGCAUAAUGUGGAUGCUCUACCCCUUUUAAAGAUUA